UGUUAUGUUUUCAAAAUUUGCAUAUAGGCUAAUUAUGCAUAGGUAAAUAAGGUUUAUUAGCUGAUUAAAAGAUUAAAUAUAAAUAACGAAUUGAAAGUUACUAUUGUCUGCCAAUUAAUUUUACCACUAAGUAUUUAAUCAAGUUUUUCCGUUAAUUAAGAACACCCCAUCACUGAUACAAAGAGAAGGUAUAAAAGGACAUAUUAUUAAGCUGGUUUGUCACAAUUAUUUUCAUUUCCUAGUGAAAACAUAAGAACAACGCAAAAUGAUUAAAUAUAUUUUGAAAAAGUUGGAAAAUCCAAAACGACCCUUGCUUGGUCCCAAUGUUAAAGCUUUACAAUUUUGGGGGCUUCUACUUCCAGAAAACGUAAUUAUGAAAUAUGUUUACAUAUGUCUACAUAUAUCUAUCAUUUUCUUUACGGCUACAGAAUACGUGGAUAUAUGGUUUAUCAAAUCCGAUAUGAAUAUGCUUUUGGAAAAUCUUAAAAUAACAAUGUUAGCUAGUGUGAGUGUAGUAAAAGUAUCAACCUUUUUAAUUUGGCAAAAUUCUUGGCGGGACAUAAUUGACUAUGUGACAGAAGCGGAUUUGAACCAGCGAAAAACUACAGACGAAACUAAAUUAACCAUUAUUAAAAAAAAUACAAAGUAUUCGCGUAAAAUUACAUACCUUUAUUGGUCGCUUAUGUAUACCACGGUAGUGGUUGUUAUGGUACAGCCGAUCAUCAAAUAUGUCUUUUCACAAACAUAUAGAGAUAAUAUCAAGAAUGGAGAAGAAUCAUACAUUCAAGUCGUGAGUUCUUGGGUUCCAUUUGACAAAAGUGAGGUUAUCGGAUAUUUAGCUGCCUGCGCUUUCCAAAGCUACGCGGCUAUAUACGGCGGAGGUUGGAUCACUUCAUUUGACACAAACGCAAUAGUGACUAUGGUAUUUUUUAAAGGAGAAUUGCAGCUCCUAAGAAGAGACUCUGCUGAGAUUUUUGGAAUUGAAAAUAAUCCUGUAUCGCGUGAGGAAGCAGAAAAGAGACUCAAGGAAUGUCAUAGAAGACAUGUUAACUUAAUCAAAUAUUCGAGUCUCUUUGACUCCUGCUUGUCGCCGAUCAUGCUUUUCUACAUGUUCGUAUGCUCCGUGAUGCUCUGCGUAACUGCCUAUCAGAUAAGGUAUGGAACUAGUAUGAUGCAAACGAUAUUACAAGUUGAAUAUCUUGUGUUCGGGGUAUCUCAACUCUUUAUGUAUUGCUGGCACAGCAACGAUGUAAUGUACACUAGCGAGAAUGUAAUCCACGGCCCCUACGAAAGCAGAUGGUGGUCUGAGAAUGCUCUCCGCAAGGACCUCGUCAUAUUACUGGGGCAGUACCGCAAAGAGAUUGUAUUUUCUGCAGGGCCUUUCACCAAUCUAACUCUACCCACUUUUAUAAGUAUUUUGAAAGGUGCCUACAGCUACUACACAUUGUUGACCAAGUCACGAACAGAUAUUUAAAAGUAGAGCAGUGGCUGUAGAUAUUUUUAGUUAACGAGUUCACCUCACUUCUACUAUCUUGUAUAUUGUCUAAGUACUUUAAAAAUGUAUUAAAUUUAGAAAAAAAAGUAAAUAUUAUGUUUGCUAACUGUGAUUUAUUAUAUAGAUGUAUAUCUUUCAUCAUGGAUAAUUUAUUUGUUUUGUUUUAUUUGCGUUAUUGGCAUUUUCAUGGGUAAUUAUUUGGAAAAACUAGUAUUUAUUUUGUGAAAAUAAGAAUGUAAUAUAGAUAAUACAUAAAAUGGCCCAUUAUGUCUGUUUGUCGAGGAAUUUAUCUGAUCCCAGGAUAAUUGAAACGUGCGAAAGCUAAUAUCUCGCGGAUUACCUAUAUUAUUUUUUCCAAUAUUCUUUGUUCUUGUAUAAAUCUGGUAAGAUUAUUGUAGGUGAAUUAAAAAACGAUGCAGUGAGAUUAAAUAAAUAAAGUGAACAUAAAUAUUAAGACUUAAUAAGGAUGUUAACAGUUUUUUUUACGUAUCUACUUAAGUACUUGUCGUUUUGAAGCAUUUCCGCUAAACUCUUAACUCAGCGGUGAAUGUGUUUUCUUUAAUAACUAUGUACUUACUAAUAUUGUCACCUUGUACGAUAGUAAAAUUUUUGCUUAGUUUAGUGCCUAUGAUGUACGAAAUACAUUGCCGCUCGAAAAAACAUCAAAAGUUAAUUGUGCUCUAGUACUCGUUGUUGAGACUAAAUAAAAAAAUUCUUCCAGGAUAGCUAGAAAAAAUAGCACUAUAACCUACGCCUAGUUUAAGUUUGCAGUUAUAUCAAAAAUACAUAUUUAGUUGACUUAGUUAUUAUAAAAAAUCAGAAAAUUAGACAUUCAUUUUAAUAACAUUAAAAUCACGUUAAAUUCACUGACUGUAUACCUAUACAACCAGAUUUGUAAGCAUAGGUAAUAAUUUAACCGCUUAAAUUGUAUGCAUAACAAUGGAUCAGAGCAUAAUAAAUUCUGAUACAAACAUUUGCAAAUCUAUUUUAACAACCACCGUAUACGAAAUUGUUUGCCAAAACAAAGGUACAGCGCGUUCAAUUCCGCGUUAAAAUUAUGUAAAUAGCAGGGACAAAGUGCUCAGGUGCCAAGUUUUUGUCUGUACCCAAAGUAAUUUACAUAGGUCGGUAAGAAAAAUACUUGACACUUACUACAGAACACUUUUUGAGUCAGCUUAGUUAGAGCUUUUUAGAAUAAAAAAAUAGUUUGACUUACAUACGUGUUAUUAUCAAAGUGGUUGUUCUUUAUUCAGAUUUCGGGUAGUUACUGAUCGCUUCGAUGAUUCGCAUCUUACGACGGUAGCUGUUAAGUUCUUAUUUGUUAACUGGGGAGCCAGCAAAUGUGUGGCAGUUGGACGUCAGGUUUAUCACUACUACAAGCAAAUUUAAAUACAAAAAAAUAUUUUCUUCUUUGUUUUCAAACAACAAUAGGAUUAAGCGUAAAAAAAUCCAUAUUAAUAUUUGAAAUAAAUUCUGAAAAAAACGUGAUUUCAUAAACAAAAUAACAGAGACAUUGAAACGCAUUUACCGGAUUAUAUCGGAAGAGGGCCAAUAAGGUUCUCGUUCAAUUUUAUUAAUCUUCCGUACAAUAAAGUUUAAGCAAAAUGGAUCAUCGUAAUCGCCAACCUUGACAUAAAACUGUCAUAUGCCACGGUUUUGCCAGCUCCGUUGCAGGGUACUUGUAACAAUUAAGUUACCUACGAACUGAAACUUAGGUACAGUCAGCAUCAAAAGUAGCGGAUCAAAUAACGUUUCAUAAGUAUCUACCAUUCUGUAACUGCUUAAGAAAGAUAUACUUUAGAGCGCGAAUUGUAGAAAUUUAUCUAUACUUGGAAAAGUUAUCCAGAAUAUCAGAUACUUUUGGCGCGUUGUCUCAUCCGCUACUUUUGAUGCUGACUGUACCUACUAAGUUAAAUGAAAUAACUUGUGAAAAUCGAAUCGUAUUAAUGUUAAAGAACGACAACGUCUUAUGAAAUUAAAUGAGUCUUUUCCUAAAUAAAUAUGCUCUCACUAAUUAAAAUAGAACCUUGUAUAGUCGCAUCCAGAUAAAACCAUGAAACUUGGAAUGGCUAUAAUAAAAAACGGAAGUGGAAAUAACUCGUCAAAUGUUUUCCCCCUUCUUUUGAUAACUGUUUUUGACAUGAUUGAACCUUGUUUUGAUAACCUGAUGAAUUAAAUACAAGCUUAGACCCCAAGGAACAUACAUAGACCUUUAUUAAAUUGUAGAAAUUUAUUGAGAGCACUACUGACCUUUCAAUAGGUAACCCAUGAUACAUACAUCCAUCUAUU